UUUUUUUAUGUGCCAGCCGGAGACACACCUAGAUGGUUCUAUAAAAAGUGUGGUGAGCAUUUAAGCUGUGCACACCUCCAGUCUUAAUUUGUAUCACAGAAGGCGAAGACAAAGGGAUUGUUCACUAGGAUGACAAGAUGUGCGUUACUUCAAGUUCUUCUCCUCGUGUUAUCUGCUCGUUUUGCCUUCUCAGGCAACCACUCUCAUUACUUCUACACAACUGUAACCUACAAUGUAUCAUUCGGUCUUCUUUCAUACUACUCAACGAGGACGAUUGAUGACAUCACGCUAUUCCGGUUUGACAUCGACGAGGGAGUGGUAGAACGUAAAGUUCCCUGGUUUAAGGGUGCUAAUAGAACUCUACUGAGUGUCAGUGUUAAUGAACAAAGGUUUUAUCGGCUAAUGAAUUUCACGAUAUAUAGCAUCAUGGACUUUCUAAGUUACCCAGAGGGAGACCACAUUCUUCAGAAUCUAGACGGAUGCGCCCUCUUUGGUAAUGGCACAGUUAAUAUCAUAAAUAAAUAUCAUUUUAAUGGAAAACCACUUAUGUUUUUCAACUUGGAUACUGGAAAAUGGAUGGCAGAACUGCCGGAGUAUGAAGAUUUUGUUGAUGAUUUGAAUGGAAAUACAACUAUGUCUGAAGAAGAAAAGAAUAUUUCAUUGAGUGAAUGUGUUCAGCACAUACAAGAACUGCUUCAACUGGGCAAAUGCACGCUCGAUAGGAAAGAAGUUCCAGUUGUGAAAGUGACACAGAUUCCUGUAGGCAAUACUGGAGUUAGGCUCUACUGCCGAGCAUACGGACAUUACCCCAAGGACAUCUUCAUAAUGUGGUACAAGAAUGGACACCACAUAUCGGAGAAGAUGAUGGAAAGGUUGACCCUGCCACUUCCUGACAUGACAUAUCUGAGCUCCUUAUCUAUCAAUGUCACGUCUCUGGCUGAUGAUGUUUAUACCUGCAAGGUCAACCACAGUAGUAUGCUGCUGAAUUUCACACAGGAUUGGAGGACAAGAGAUUUUGAAAACCUAAACAGCGCUCCUUCUAAUCCAUCUCUUGGGGCCGUCAUCCUCGUCAUCACUGUCAUUGUGUUUGGUUUAGUCUCUUUUGCAAAACGCAGAAGACAGCGACACAGAUAUCCACCAGUUAAAGAAGAUUCAUGAAGCAAGAACAUGCCGUGACCCCGCAGAGCGCUAUUCACAUAUAUGACGUUUGUUAUUAAUUCACCAGCCUGAAAUUUUCUGCAGCGUAGAUAAAAUGCAGCUGAA